AUGUCAUCGUGCAAGUCAUUUGGUAAAGAUAAGGUAGUUUUUGCUACAAAAGAAGACCAUGCUCAGCAUAGCACAGUUGAACUACCGCAAUCUGAACCCAGUCCUGGUUUAUUAUUGCCCAAUGGAGACAUUAACUGGAACUGCCCUUGUUUGGGUGGAAUGGCAACAGGACCUUGUGGAGUAGAGUUUCGUGAUGCAUUUAGUUGCUUUCAUUACAGUGAAGCUGAGCCCAAGGGUUCGGAAUGUUUCGAUCAUUUUCAAACUAUGCAAGACUGCUUUGCUAAAUAUCCGACGGUUUAUAAUCAAAAUCUAGAUGAUAAUGACGAAAAAGAGACAAUACCAACGUCCGACACUAAAGUAGCAAACGAGUAUGUGGAUCCAAUGCAUCAAGAAGAUGAAAAACUUCCAGUUAUUUCAAAAGAUGGAGCUCAUAAUUCAAGAGAUAUAGAAACAAAAAAAAAUUAG